UUGGGCACAUUGAAGAGGCCACGGCUCUUGGAGAAAAGGCAAUGCAGAGAAAGUCGGCCAGAAAGUCCAGCACAUCACGAACCAGCGAGAACCAAAAGGCUCAAUCCACUGCAGCAUUGUCCGCUCCCCAAAAAAAGAAGGGCGUCAAACGUAAGGUCCUAGGUGAUCUCCCACUACGUACUGCAAACUCAGAGGUGCGCAUUGGUGAAGAGAGUAGCAGUGUGCCACAAAAACAGGAGAGAAACAGCGAUAAUACUGGUGUUGCUGCAAAGAAGGAAACAUCACAAAAAGUGGGCCAGAUGUCCAAGCAGAACCGUCGCACCAGAAAGAAAUCGUGCAGCAAAGGACAUGACUCCAGCCCCGUGGAAGCGGCACCAGGAUGCUGCCGUGGUGGCGUGCUCAAGCCAGAGCAGAUGGAUGACGGGGCCAGUUCGGGUGAGGGAGCUUUUUGA